GGUUUUUGCGUUGUGGAAACUCAUACAAGAUAAGCGGAAAAAGUUGCCAGCCCAAGCAAAAAUCCGAAAAAAAUAACAAAAAUUCCAAGUCGGCAAUACUUACAAUAUCACGUAUCUGUCAGAUACAACAUUUUGUCGUAUCGCGUAGUACGCUUCCAGAAAUCUGCAGUUUAACGGAAAACAUACAUCAGAGAAGACAUGGAGGUGAACCAAAAAUGGAACUGGGACUCCAAGCCAAUUCUGGUCAAAUGCGGAGGAUUCUCCUCGCAAUUGGCCAAGAAUGUCACCGAAAAAGUGGACGGUGAUCCACUGUGGGGAUCGCGAUUCGAUGCCACCAAUCCGGAAGCUGUGAUCCAAACACAUCUGGACUUUCUCCGCAACGGAGCGGAUAUUAUUCUAACCAACACGUAUCAGUCCAGCGUCGAGGGAUUCGUGAAGUACCUGGGCGUUACCAGAGAACGAGGUGUGGAGUUGAUUCAAAAAAGUGUACAACUGGCCAAGCAGGCAAAGGAACAGUACCUAAGCGAAAUCGGUUCUGAAGCGGACUCGGCUCUUCCCCUGAUCAUGGGCUCAAUAGGUCCAUAUGGCGCCUAUCUCCACGAUGGAUCUGAGUACACCGGCAACUAUGCGGACAAGAUGUCCAAGGAGCAGCUGAAGGCGUGGCACACGGCAAGAAUCGAGAUUUGUCUCGCAGCUGGAGUGGAUGGAUUGGCCUUGGAAACACUUCCCUGUCUGAUGGAAGCAGAGGCAGUCACCGAAUUAGUACUGGACAACUUUCCGGAUGCCAAAUUCUGGGUCUCCCUGCAGUGCAUGGAUGAGAAGCACAUGGCUAGUGGAGAAAGCUUCGCGGAGGCGGCUCUCUCCCUCUGGCGGUUGGUCCAAAGUCGGAAGGCCGAGAACCGGCUCCUUGGGAUCGGACUGAACUGUGUAAACCCACUAUUUGUGACCCCUUUGCUAUCAUCGCUUACCAAAGUGGCCGGUUCGGAUCGCAUCCCACUGGUGGUCUACAGCAAUCGGGGCGAGAUCUACGACGUCGAGCAGGGAGAUUGGACUGGAACCGGCGAGGAGGUGGUCAAGUUUGUGCCCGAGUGGAUCCAGCUGGGAGUGCGCAUCGUUGGCGGCUGUUGCCGGGUCUAUCCGACGGACGUGUUGGCGAUCCGCAAGUACGUCGAUGGCCUCAACAUAAAGCCGUAAUCGGGCGAGAACUCCGGACACUGAUAGCAGCCUUGUCGCUAAUGCGAAAGCUGUUUCGUGUGACUAGACCUAGACCUAUUUAGUUUGCUAAAUACAUAUACGCGAGUACUAGAUGUACCCAGA